GCAAGAAGAAGAUGGAGCGUCGCUUGAAAACGCAAGCAAGCGUUAAGAACAUGGAGGAACAAUCUCUAGACUGCAUCGACAAGGACCCUUUGCAACCAGGUUUUGAAUUGCCGCGGGAAAAUGAGCCAAGCCCCAGCGAGCGUCAGUUGUCUGACGUGUGCUACGGCCCGGCACUGAUGAUCAGCAAUGUGUUGGUGCUCUUCUGCUUGGUGACCUUCUUGUCCGGUGUGGUCAACGGACGUCUUAUGGCUGCCCAGCGACUAACAUGCAGCACCAAAGUGUGCCUUAGUUUCACUGACGUGAUCAAUAGGAGCGCGACUGCUCGCGUUCCUCCCUGUAGCGACUUCUACGCGCACGUGUGUGCCGAGUGGGACCAAGGCAACCUGGAAUCGCCGCAAGAGCUACAGUUCCGCAGCAUCGUAGAGAAGCUCUACCGGAGUCUGGCCACGGAGCCAGUUCCCUCGCAAAAUCAGACAAAUUUCCAAAAGGGUGCUGGUUUCUACCAAAGCUGUUUGGCGGUGCUUCUCGACGGCAAAAGUGAACUGCCCGAAAUUUUGGAAGAGUUGAGGAGGGUCGGCGUGCGUUGGCCGCAGCAUUCGGCAGACCCAAACCUCCUGGUGACAGCUGCCAGGCUCAAACAAUCGUUCGACUUGGACUCACUGUUGGUCUUCAGUAUGCCCGAUACGGCGACUCUCAGAGUUGGACCUCCGUCGGCGGGCUGGCUUCGCGACACCAAGAGGCAACGGUACGCUGUAGACUUUGCCGGCAAUUCUAAGGAGCAAUUACGCGCGCUGUGGGUAGCCUUUAGCAACACAAACCCGAAUGAAACUGAGGCCGCGCAGCUACGAGAGGCAGAAGAACGGUUUUUCAGUUACAAUGUUUUCGCUGACACUUCGUCACCAUCCUCUCCAAUAAACACUCUGACUCUCGCUGCUCUCCCUGACCAAUGCUCCGAGUUUUCACGUGACCGCUGGGACAAGCUGCUCAAGGAAGCAUACGAUACCAUCCCCGAAACAGUGACACUUGUCGAGAUCAGAGAUCGCAGAGUCUUCGACGCAGUGUGCCGUUUGGUAAGGGAUCUGGGUGAGACAGCAGUACAAUAUUACGUCGAAUGGCUCGCCGUUCGAACGCUGGUGACGGCUGGUGACAGAUCCAUAGCGGAGGUUGUCUGGAAUGGUGCAGACAUGGCGCCUCUCGCCGCACAGUCGACCUGCUUUCGAAGCACAAUGCAGGUUUUUGGAGAAACGAUACUAUUGGAAGAAAGCCGUCGCUGGCACUGGCAAAGACCCGCGAUGCUGUCCGAUUUUCACUCUGUGGCCAAAAAGGUGAGGGAUUCCUUAUCUCAGCUAAUCAAGGACGAUAGACGUUAUCCUUCUACAAGUUCUUUUCGGAAAGAUUUGCUGCAUGACCAGCUUUACAAUAAUGAUAGGGUACGUCUAGUAGAGAGCGUAUACGCCACAGUUCCGGACAUGUCAAAAAAGUUUUUCUCGAAUCGAAUGUUGCUGCUCAAUGUCUCUCUAAACAAAGACACCAUUAGGAGCCUCGGAUUCAGCUGGGAAGCACUGCAAGACAUGUUGCGGCAUGAUGGUGGCUCGGUUCGUUCCCAGCUCCCGUCUAUUCAGCAGGACGUGCGGUUGUUUCUACAAUUGUCCUAUGCGACCUAUUUUCUGCUCAGCGAAGACAUGCCGCCAGUGUACAAUUAUGCGGCACUGGGAAUGCUUGUCGCCAGGAAGCUGCUGGCAUUCCGCCGUGAUCCUGUGCUGCGGCAACGCACGCGUCCAGUAUCAUCAUCGCAAUCGCAGCAGACGGGACAAUUUGUGGGGCAGUUCGAUAAGGAACGCAGUGACUUUUCCCUAGCGCUGGAUACAGCUCAGGAGGCAGUGUUCAGCACUCAAGGAUACAAGGCACAUAGGUGGUCGAGGAGGCCACAAGACUUCUUUCUGUUAACGUGUUUCCAAGUGUGCUCUGGCCGCAAUACCAAUGAAGAUCGCAGAAACUUUACCCUUGCAUUUAUGGCAAGCAAAGGUUUCCGGAAGGCAUUUGCAUGUCGUACUAUAUCUUAGCAGCUGAAAAUCAUUAGUUCGCCAUAAUAGGCUCGAUGCAGGUAAACGGGUAUUAGAUUCGGCUACACAAGAAAAUGGCUGUGUUGAAAAAAAAAUAUCUUGUAAUUCGUUGACCGCAUACUUUGUUAAAACUAAGAGGCAAGUGUCAUUUUUGUAUUCCGUCCGGCAGCGAGAACUUGCUGUUGCUACUAGGCAGAUACGUCCACUGAAUCAUUGGGCCGACGUUAUAGACCAGUGAACCUGGUUCCAUUUGAUGGGUAGAAAGAAUAAAUGGCAAUUAGAACAGAAGAUUGUGCACGCAAUUUGAAGCUAUCUUGGAUAUUACACCCUAGUGCACACGCUGAAAGUCGCCGGAAAGUUGAAGAUGCAACAGCCGUUUACAGCGAUAUAAAAUAAAUAUUGUCCAGUUCCCUUUUCUCAAAAAAGUAGCCGUUCUGUUGUAGUGUGUUACAGUUACC